GUCCUUUUCAUCUCUUCCCAAAAACCCGAGUUCCCUCCUCGCCCUCGCCGCCUCCUCCCUCCUCUCUGCCACCCGUGAGCGCCCCGCUGAUUAUAAAAGCAAAAGCCAGAGCGCAGCAGAGACCACGACGCGCAGCGCAGCAAAGGAGAGGAGGCGGGGCGCGAGAUCGGGCUCAUCGCCGUCAAACCCCGGCUACUCCGUCGACGGCGCCCCCAGCGCCUCGGAGGCAGGUCGAGGUGCUGCGCAGCGCGGCGGCGGCCUGCUGCGAACCCCUCCUUGUUCUCGCGCCGGAGGGGACAAAAAUGGUUUUUUCCGCACAAGGUCCUCAGACAAGUAAUCAUGGAAAAGAAAGGCAUGGCAAAACCAUUGAUGAAGAAGGCAGCAGAGUCAGCUGCAAUUACUGCGGUGAGGUGGUUUGUAGUUACAACCGUCUAGAGCAACAUGUAGCAGGCAUCAAGGGCAAUGUUCGUCCAUGCAACCUAGUACCGGACAGUGUCAGGACAAGCUUAAGGAGUUCACUUGUGGAUUGCAAGAAAGAUCAGAUGCUCGGAAAAACGAAGAGACUGAAGCAAAAACAUGAUGAGGUUCCUCACACAAACCCAGCCCUUCCAUCUCCUCAAGUCCAGCAACCACAGCUACAACCAAUUGUGUCCAAUAACAACUGCUGCUUUGUUCAUUAUCAACCGGAUCUGACGCAGGCCAAGGAUAUCACGUAUAGUUCUUGUCAACCGAAACCCAAGGUUGAGACAAGUGAUUAUUUCGAUUCUCAGUCAGCAAAGUCAAUAGGCAAGUUCUUCUCCGAAGCUGCACCUGAGCCUGGUGUUCUCCAUUUAUCAUCUUUGAAGGAGAUGGUUGUGUUUUCCCAUGGGCCCGGGGCUGUAAUGCCUACGUACGAAGCUGUUCUGCAGGAGCAACUAAGAGAAACUGAGAACCGCACAAAGGAACUCAAGCAAGAGUGGCAAACAAGUGGCUGCACUGUAAUUGUGCAUAGUUGGAAGAGCAAGUGUACCAAAAGCUUCGUAAGUGUCCUGGUGCACUGCAGCAAAGGUACGCUGUUCCUCAGAUCCAUUGACGUCUCUGAAAUCACUGAGGACUUUGAUGAGCUAGAAUCAAUGCUUUCUCGCGUGGUUGAAGAUGUUGGUGCUCAUAACAUUGUUCAGAUUGUCAUGAAUGACGUGUCACCCCAUAUGCAGAUGGCACGGCAGUAUGUGCUAGAUAAAUAUGAUAGUUUUUUCUUCACACUAUGUGCUGACCAUUGCAUCAACCUUCUGCUUGAGAAAAUAGCAGCGCUCGAGCAUGUGAGUGAAGUCCUAAUGAAGGCAAGGGAAAUUACAUGGUUUUUAUAUGACCAUGCACUGCCAAUGAAACUGAAAGGAAGGUAUGUUCAGGAGGAGAUUUUGAGCAGUUCUUAUUUAAAAUUUGUGGCAAUGUUCAUCACAUUAGAGAGGUUAGUUUCUGCAAGAGUAGAUCUGGUGCAGAUGUUAAACUCGCCUGUAUGGGUUUCCUCUGGUUGGGCUUGUCUUGACUUGUUCAAGCGUAUCCAGAGCAUAGUAAAGACAGAUGAUGAAUUUUGGAAUGCUGCUGCAGAAGUCGUCAAGGUUACAGACCCACUUGUCAGUGUGUUGUAUAAACUGGAAUAUGAUAUCUGUCCGAUGGGUAUCUUGUAUGAAGCCAUGGAUAGAGCAAAAGAAGAGAUAUCUCUCAAUAUCGGAGAUGAAAGUGACUUUUAUUGGUGUAUGAUUGAUAGGAUAUGGGAUGAUUACUUGCAUACUCCUCUCCAUGCUGCUGGUCAGAUGCUAAACCCAAGGAUCUUUUACACAGCUGGAUUCCAGCCUGAUACUGAGAUCAGCAGUGGCAUCGCGGCCUGUAUAAUCCAACUGGGCAAGGCUCAUUACAAUGCCAGAAAAGCGUCUGCACAAUUGAAAGUGUAUGAGAAGAAGUUGGGCUAUUUCGACACAGAUCCAGCAAUGCAGCAAAUCAUGGAAUUACCACAAGUUGAAUGGUGGUUGACGCACGGGGCUCGCGUGCCCGACCUGCAGACCCUGGCGAGGCGUGUCCUGAGCCAGACGUGCUUCGGCGCCACCAGGUACAACAUCGACUGGAGCCUGUCGGAGAAGCUGCACGCCGAGUGGGACGAGAUGAUGCUGCCCGAGCAGGAGAGGUUCCGGCAGAAGGAGUACGUCCACUACAACCGCGUCCUCGCCCGCGCCGCCCCGCUCCUGCAUGGCUCCUCCGUGAAGCAGCACGACAGGGUCACCUUGGUGCUGCACGACUGGAUCAGGCCACAGAAACCGGCCGCUGGGUCGCCACUGACUGAGUGACGGCCUUCAGUUGUGCCUGGAGCGAUGCUUUCGCCUCUCCUCCGUUAGUAUUUGUAUGUGUGUGUAUGCUGCUGUAAUCCUGUGCAGCAGUAAUAAUCUGUCGGAUGUUCACUAGUGGCAUUCCCUUUGGUACUGUCGUGGUCUGCUGAAUCUCCCGGGUUUUUAUUUCUUGAACUCCUGCUGGAUUGCCAAGUUAGUUAUGUUGUUGAAACCCUACUGAAUUUCCAAAUCAUUAUUUGUAUGUGCGGAGAAACCCUGAUGAAUUUCCAAGUUAUUAUAACUAUGUUUGGAAAACAUA